CCCUGCAAACCUCACAAACUGUUUGACAACACGCAAAAUUAGGCUCUUCGACGCCUCUGUUCAGAGAAGAGGAAGCUUGGCGCCCACCACACGCUCUUAUCCACAACGAGAGUCUGGGUGUGUCCAAACCUUCUCCACGCGUUCCUUCCUUCCCUCCCUUCCUCUCUCCAGUUCAUAGCUUCCAAGAAACAAAGGAGCCAGUCAGCUCUUGCAAAGCUCAAGCGACGCAACAAUGUCUUUGGCCCCGUCCAUCCCUUCCAUCAAGGUGAAGGUGGGGGCUGUCACGCCUCACCACCGUGCGUGCCGGUCGUUCGCGGUGAUCAGGAGCUCCAAGGCGGAGGGGCCCAUCCGGAGACCCGUGGCGCCCCCGCUGUCGCCGCCGCCGCCCAAGACGCCAGCUCUGUCCACCCCUCCGACCCUGUCACAGCCGCCGACUCCGGUGAAGCCGGCCGCCCCUCCGUCGUCGUUGGCGCCUCCGGAACGGAAGCCAGUUGAGGCCGCAGCCCCGGCAGCAGCAGUGCAGAGGCCGGUGGCCGGGGCUGUGACGCUGGAGUACCAGAGGAAGGUGGCCAAAGAGCUGCAGGACUACUUCAAGCAGAAGAAGUUGGAGGAGGCCGACCAGGGGCCAUUCUUUGGGUUCUUGCCAAAGAAUGAGAUUUCCAAUGGAAGAUGGGCUAUGUUUGGGUUUGCAGUAGGGAUGCUAACGGAGUAUGCGACAGGCUCGGAUUUUGUUCAGCAAAUGAAGAUCCUUCUCUCCAAUUUUGGAAUUGUGGACUUGGAUUGAUGGCGGACAUUUGGUGUUAUCGUUUUGUAUAAGUCUUUCAAGUAUAUUGUACCUUAAUUGAUCUUGCAUAUAGAAAAAUCAAUCUUGCACGCUGUUUUAACUUAUAACUUGGUUCCAUUUGUGCUGUCCUGUGAGCUUUGAUGAACACAAAAGUCAUUUUCCAGUUUUCUUAUUUGCUUA